UGCCAUGGUGGUUUGCCGCAUCCAUCACCCCAUCUACGUGAGGUAUUUCUCCUAAUGCUAUCCCUCCCCAGUCUCCACCCCCUGCUAUGCCUUCCCUAGCUCCCUCAUGCCCUACCAGGCCCUGGUGUGUGUUGUUCCCCUCCCUGUGUCCGUGUGUUCUCAUUGUGUAGCACCCAUUUAUGAGUUGAGAACAUGCAGUGUUUGGUUUAGUGUUCUUGUGUCAGUUUGCUGAGAAUGAUGGUUUCCAGCUUCAUCCAUGUCCCUGCAAAGGAUAUGAACUCAUCCUUUUUUAUGGCUGCAUAGUAUUCCAUGGUGUAUAUGUGCCAGAUUUUCUUUCCUUUCAUUUGGCUAACCUGAGAGCGAAUACCAUUUCAUCCCACUCUUUUAGGAGUGCAUCUCUUGCUUUUAAUGUAAACUAUACAUAAUUUGUGUUGGAAGAUUACCGUUCGUUCCAUGAAGAGCUGAAUUUUCCCCAUGGAUUAAGUACAGCUGGCUACCUCAUGAUCUGUCCUGAGCUUAACAUAUUCUAAACCCUGACUCUUGGCCCUAAAUCUGCCCCCUUCCUUCCACCUCCCAAGUGCAAUUGGCAUCUUUGCUUGCACUGCAGGAAUCUGACCUGGCCACGGGCUCUGGAUAAGCCUAUUAGAAUAGCCAGAGGUAGAGACCAGGAGUGGCUGCUCUUGUGUAAUCCCCAUUCAAGUGUCAGUAUCUGUUGCCAAAUACUGAAAGAGAAGCCAGUUCCAUCUGAUCACCAUAGAAGCUUUCCCAGCACUUGUGGCUUGGGAGGCAGAGGAAGCAGGACAGCCUGAUGAAUGCCAGAAAGGAUGCGUGAGAGAUCCACCCUCAUAAGUGACCUGCUUAGAGAGAAGCAGCGGAUCCUGCCUGGAUUUCGGAGUCACGGUGCUGCUGCGGCUCUCAGCAUUCCCACGUCACCAGAGGAGCCUGUGGGGAAGGAGAGCAUGUCUGCCUUCAGGUUGUGGCCAGGCCUGCUGAUCCUGCUGGGUUCCCUCUGCCGUAGAGGUUCAUCGUGUGGCAUUUCAACGCACGUAGAAAUAGGACACAGAGCGCUGGAGUUUCUUCAGCUUCACAAUGGGCGUGUUAACUACAAACAGCUGGUACUAGAACACCAGGAUGCCUAUCAGGCUGGAACCGUGUUUCCUGAUUGCUUUUACCCUGGCAUCUGCAAAGGAGGAAAAUUCCAUGAUGUGUCUGAGAGUACUCACUGGACUCCGUUUCUCAAUGCAAGCAUUCAUUAUAUCCGAGAGAACUAUCCUCUUCCCUGGGAGAAGGACACAGAGAAGUUGGUAGCUUUCUUGUUUGGAAUCACCUCUCACAUGGUGGCAGACGUCAGCUGGCAUAGCCUGGGCAUUGAACAAGGAUUCCUUAGGACCAUGGGAGCUAUUGAUUUUCACGGCUCCUAUUCUGAGGCUCACUCGGCUGGUGAUUUUGGAGGAGACGUGUUGAGCCAGUUUGAAUUCAAUUUUAAUUACCUUGCACGACGCUGGUACGUACCAGUCAAAGACUUACUGGGAAUUUAUGAGAAACUCUAUGGGCGGAAAGUCAUCACCGAACGUGUCAUUGUUGAGUGUUCACAUAUCCAGUUCUUAGAAAUGUACGGUGAGAUGCUAGCUGUUUCCAAGCUGUAUCCCAGUUACUCUACGAAGUCCCCGUUUUUGGUGGAACAAUUCCAAGAGUAUUUUCUUGGAGGACUGGAUGAUAUGGCGUUUUGGUCCACGAAUAUUUACAAUCUGACAAGCUUCAUGUUGGAGAAUGGGACCAGUGACUGCAGCCUACCUGAGAACCCUCUGUUCAUUGCAUGUGGCGGCCAGCAAAACCACACCCAGGGCUCGAAAAAGCAGAAAAAUGAUUUUCACAGGAAUUUCACUACAUCCCUAACUAAAAAUACUGAGAAUACUAUAAACUAUACUGAAAGAGGAGUGUUCUUCAGUGUAGAUUCCUGGACCCCGGAUUCUAUGUCCUUUAUGUACAAGGCGUUGGAAAGAAACAUCAGGACCUUGUUCACAGGUGACUCUCGGCCGUCGCAGAAGCACGUCUCCAGCCCCUUGGCAUCUUACUACUUGUCACUUCCUUAUGCAAGGCUUGGCUGGGCAAUGACCUCAGCUGACCUCAACCAGGAUGGGCAUGGCGACCUCAUGGUGGGUGCACCAGGCUACAGCCGCCCUGGCCACGUCCAUGUCGGGCGUGUGUACCUCCUCUAUGGUGGUGACCUGGGCCUGCCGCCCAUCGACCUGGACCUGGACCAGGAGGCGCAUGGGAUCCUUGAAGGCUUCCAGCCCUCAGGUCGGUUUGGCUCGGCCUUGGCCGUGCUGGACUUUAACCAGGAUGGCGUGCCUGACCUGGCUGUGGGCGCUCCCUCUGUGGGCUCCGACCAGCUCACCUACAAAGGUGCCGUGUAUGUCUACUUUGGUUCCAAGCAAGGAAGAAUGUCUUCUGCCCCUAACAUCACCAUCUCUUGCCAGGACGUCUACUGUAACUUGGGCUGGACUCUGCUGGCUGCAGAUGUGAAUGGAGACAGUGAGCCUGAUCUGGUGAUUGGCUCCCCCUUUGCCCCAGGCAGAGGGAAGCAGAGGGGAAUCGUGGCUGCAUUUUAUUCUGGUCCCAGCCACAGCGACAAAGAAAACCUGAACGUGGAGGCAGCCGACUGGACGGUGAGAGGCGAGGAAGACUUUGCCUGGUUGGGAUACUCCCUUCAUGGCGUCACCAUGGACAACAGAACCUUGCUGCUGGUGGGGAGCCCGACCUGGAGGAAUGCCAGCAGGCUGGGCCAUUUGUUACGCAUCCGAGAUGAGAAAAAGAGCCUUGGGAGGGUGUAUGGCUACUUCCCACCAAACCGCCAAAGCUGGUUUACCAUUUCUGGAGACAAGGCAAUGGGGAAACUGGGUACUUCCCUGUCCAGUGGCCGAGUGCUGAUGAACGGGACUCUGACGCAGGUGCUGCUGGUUGGGGCCCCGACACACGAUGACGUGUCUAAGAUGGCAUUCCUGACCAUGACCCUGCACCAAGGCGGAGCCACUCGGAUGUACGCGCUCACACCCGACGCACAGCCCCCUCUGCUCAGCACCUUCAGUGGAGACCGCCGCUUCUCUCGAUUCGGUGGCGUUCUGCACUUGAGUGACCUGGAUGACGAUGGCUUAGAUGAAAUCAUCAUGGCAGCCCCCCUGAGGAUAGCAGAUGUAACCUCUGGACUGCUUGGGGGAGAAGAUGGCCGAGUUUAUGUAUAUAACGGCAAAGAGACCACCCUUGGUGACGUGACAGGCAAAUGCAAAUCGUGGAUAACUCCAUGUCCAGAAGAAAAGGCCCAAUAUGUAUUGAUUUCUCCCGAAGCCAGCUCAAGGUUCGGGAGCUCUCUGAUCACCGUGAGGUCCAAGGCAAAGAACCAAGUCGUCGUUGCUGCUGGAAGGAGUUCUUUGGGAGCCCGACUGUCUGGGGCACUUCAUGUCUAUAGCCUUGGCUCAGACUGAAGAUGUCACUGCGUCUCUCCACUCUGCCCCCUCCUCUCAUGCUGAAUCACAUCCAUGGUGAGCAUUUUGGUGGACAAAGUGGCACAUCCAGUGGAGCUAUGGUAGAUCCUGAUAGACGUGGGGCUCCUAAAAAUAACAGCCCCACCCUCUGGAAAGCAACCUGAUACAACUGUAUGGCUGCGCCAGGAGUGUGUGAAAUAGCAGACACUCGGCUUAGGCAUGUCCCUUCCACGGUUUACCACCUCGCCCCUUUGCAUCUGAGCCUUUCUUCUUUCCUAACUUACUGCCUGUAGUGAGACCUGCUGUACGACCUGUUUCCUCCUCUUGAAUGUCUUCAGUGCCUGGAAAGCUCCCUCUGGUUAUCUGUUAGAACCAUCUCUGUACACACUUCCUCCUAAAAACAUCCUUCUUUAAGAAAGAAUUGUGCAGCUGUUAAAAAAAAGAAGUUCAUGCCCCUUGCAGGGACAUGGAUGGAGCUACAGGCCAUUAUCCUUCAUAAACUGAUGCAGGAACAGAAAGCCAAAUACACAUGUUCUCACUUGUAAGUGGGAGCCAGAUGAGAACACAUGCACACAUGGAGGGAAGCAGCACACACUGGGGCCUGUGAGGGUGGAAGGUGGGAGGAGAGGAUCAGGAAAAGUAACAGAUGUGUACUUAACACCAUGGAAACCCCCAUGCCACACCUUUCUGUAUGUAAUAAACGUGCACUUCCUGCACAUGUACCCUGAACUUAAAAGUUGGGGGAAAAAAAUUGAAUUUAAAAAUAGGAUUGCUGGCACCUUCCCAGUCAGUGUAAUGGAAAGCACGGUACACAAAAAAACAAAAACUGAGGGAGGAGAAACAGUAACAAGAAGAGCAUGGGGCUGAGGGAUGACCGCCCCUUCCAAGUCACGUGUGACUUGGUCCCUUUUAACUUCUAGGUUCAGGGGCACGUGUGAAGGUUUAUCUUUGGUGCUGUUCCCCAUCCUCCCACCCUCCCCCCUCAACUCGACCCCAGUGUCAUUUACUUGGUGUUCCUAAGUUCUUACAGGUUAGCUGCCACUUGGAAGAACAUGCUCUAUUUGGCUUUCUGUUGCCAUGUCCUGUUAGUUUGCCAAGAAUGACAGCCCCCACUGCCUUUUUUUUUUUUUUGAGAUAGCCUUGCUCUGUCGCCCAGGCUGCUGGAGUGCAGUUGCACAAUCACUGCAACCCCCACCUCCCAGGUUCAAAUGAUUGUUCUGCCUCAGCCUCCCGAGUAGCUGGGAUUACAGGAGCCCGCCACCACGCCUGGCUAAUUUUUGUAUUUUUAGUAGAGUUGGGGUUUCACCAUGUUGGCCAGGCUAGUCUCAAACUCCUGACCUCAGGUGAUCCGCCCACCUCGACCUCCCAAAGUGCUGCGAUUAUAGGCGUUAGCCACUGCACCCGGCCGAUAAUCCUUUCUUAAUGAGGAUUAAUACCUUUUCAGUGUUCAUAUAGCAAAGGACAAAUACAAAAACUAAGACUUUAUCACCCUUCUGUACCCUCCAAUGUUUCUAUAGAGGAGCCUAGUGACACUGCUAGUUUUAAGCCAUCUCACGGGAAGCCUUUGUCACAUUAGAUUCCAAUUGUGCCAAAAGAACCAGAGGAAUAAGAUGUGGCCUGAACCCCAGGCCAAUGUAAGGGAUGGAGGAGAAACCAGGCCUUGGAAUCACUUGUUCCUGGGCUGUUUUUUAAAGGAUGGCUUUCUUUUGCCAGUAGUGCAGUGUGGCACACUUAAAGGGAAAGGAAUGUGUCGGAGGGUUUCAGUUUCACCAGUAACAUUAGCAGGCAUUAUCUGUAAACAGCAACUAGUUUAUUUUGUGUUAAAUUGGGAAGAACCUCUUUCUUCUGCUGCUGGUGAGACGAUACUAAAAGCAAGAGAAAAAUAACAAGUGGGAAGAGCCCUUCUCUUCUCCGCGUCUCUCAAGGCAGAGUAGAGACUGGUGAAGAGGGGACAGGAAGAGGAGUCCAGCUGAAGAUUGGAAGGUUACCAAAAAGAGCAGCAGGCACAUCCCUAGAGAGCGUUUCUGGGUCACUCCCGGGAUGACCUCAUUUGUCUUAGAGGUACAUUUGCUAGCUGCACAGUAACCUAUGGCACAGCAAAGGCACAAGGAAGCACCAUUUGGUUUCAUUUAGGUACAAUUAUUGGUAGCAAAACCUAGCUGAAGAAUUACUUUUAAUUAAAGGAGGUUAUUUUUAGGGGACCAGAGAUCACUUAUGAGUUGAGCAGUUUGGUAGCGCAGACUCUGAUGACAUCUGACACUUGAGUAAAGGUAUGUUUUUCUCAGUACUGGAUCUUUUCAUUAGACAGAUGCAUUUAAAGUGUCAGUGUUUUUAUGCUUCACUAAAUGAUAAGGCCUAUGUUUAAAUAUCGUUAUUUACCUCACUCAUUAUUUCUCUUUCUCAGUGCCUGAACACACCCAAUAGCAAGCUCCAGGUAGAGGCUAAGACCCACAAAAAUGGAAGCAUCCUUCAAGUUUAUAGGACAUUUAACCAUACUAACCCCACUGUCAAAAACAAUGUAAAUUAUACUCCUACUGUAAAAGGUCAACUUACAUGGCAAAUAGAUAAAAAACCUGGCAUAGAGGAACAAAUUAAUACAUGGCAGUCUAAUACAUUAUCCUGAAACGUAGAUUAACUUUUCAUUCCACUAGGUAUUAACUAUAGUUCAAAGCACUGAUUCUGCUUAAUAACCACAAUGUAAAAACCUUACCUUGUAGGUUGUAAUUUCUCAUUAACAGAAACCUGAACUUUUAUAACCAUUUAACUAAAAUUUAUCUUUUUUUCAAGAUAUUGGAUGACAAUGACAUAUUUGCAUUUUCUAUCUGUGUAUAUGUAACAACUUUCUUCAAGGCUUGAAGAUCAGGAUUGUUUUAUGCCUUUGUAUCACCGACCUAAGAGACCCCAAUUAUUUGAAGAUGUGAUGGGGACAAAACUUGGGUCCCUGUAGUCCCUACUCUGUGCAGCAUCCAUUAGAUGACCUCUGUAGGUGUCACUAAAGUAAUGACAGGAAGUCCUAAAUCCAAAGUGCAACUUUAAUACUGCAAUUCCAAACAAACAAAGCUGUAUACAACUCUUGGAAUAACUCACCAAAAUAAAUAGCUUUUUAACACCAAACUGGUUAGUGCUGCUCUAUCCGUCUAUAUUCAUGAAGAACAAAAUCUUAAUAGCAUCCUCAAAUGACACCUGUUGUGCCCACCUGUUUCAGAGCCUUCCAAAGACAGCAUCACACCUUACAGCAGACAUGUUCGACAGGGAAUAUGAUUGCUUACUCACAAAACCGAGUUUGGUACCUAUUUUCAAACAGUACUUACUGUACUCAGUCCAUUUUAGUUCAAAAUUUAAAACCAAGGAACUUCAUAUAUUUUUGGCAUAAGCUGAUUUAUUUGUGAGACCUUUAAGAAGCAUCCUGCAAUCACAAAAGUGGAACUAGUUAAUAUUUUGAACUCAUACUUGAUUUAGCCACCUUCAGGAAUUCUGAAAACUACCAGCAACUUCCCUUUAUCAGACUUAGGAGGUAGUUACAUUAUUUUUCCUUUUAUUGACAUGUUUCAUCAGAAAAUUAUUUUACCCAUGCUCAAAAACGAACUCCAUCAAACUGCAAGGAAAAAUGACCUAAAUUCUAUCGUAUACCUAAUCUUAGUCAGUCAAAUGUUGCCCUCUGGGAUUCCAAUUCUUCAGGUUAGGUAGCACUUAUUUUACAGUGAUAAGACCCAAAAUAGCAGCAGUGUGCUCUGAGGUGUGCCAAAAGGGUACCCUGUGACAGCUAAGUCUUACCAAAUGUAAUCUUAAAAAUCCUAAGAGUCCUAACGCUAGAGAGUGCUGUAUGUUCACAUUCCAACAGCCACACCAUGACUUGCCUUCCUGGCCUACAGCAUGGUGAACAGGGGCUGCUCCAUGCUCCGAGUCUAGCCCAGGCUGUUCCAUUCUGUUCUCCAGCUGCCCUCUUGUGGCUUCCCAUGACCACACACAGGAGUGGGGAAACCUUACUUGUACUUGAUCUCUUUUCUUCCAAAUCAUCUACUGGAGUAAGAUUCUUACUCCUAUCACGAAACCACCUGAAAAAUGGACUCCUAAACUUCCUCAUGUGAUAUCACAUUAGGGUAAUCAUGCAUCCUCAAUAUCAGGGUUAGUAUAUUUAUUCUGUUAUUACAUUUGCAGUGCAAGUGCUGCUCUGGACACUCUAGAAUCUUUCAUGCAUACUACUUGGGGAGUCUUAACUAAUGUUCUAGUGCAUGACUGUACUUAACCUCCAGAAAACACUGCAUAUAAACAGGGCAAUAAACAUUUUUCCUUUUGGGGCAGGGCAGGGGUGGUAUCUGAAAAUCAGUAAAUGGACACAGUAGCUACAGAACAAUAACAGAAUGGAAGUAAUUCCUUUCAACUUUGCUUCCAGAGGCUCUAAUUACUGAGAGCAAAGAAAACUAGUCUCGGGUUGAGAAAGUGAAAUCUUGAUUAGGAAUCCUUACAGUGCUGAAAUUAAAUUAUUUUUUAAUUCACGUUAAAUAAAACUGGGUGGCAAGUACAGGAAAAUAAGGUGAUGUUAAAUGCUGGUUUUUAAAGCUCAAACUUGCAGAGUUUAAGGUUAAUACACAGAAUGCUAGUUCUUUUAGUCACCUGAGAAUCAGGAAAUUCACAUGAACGUAAUUCCCUGUGCUGACGAAGAACUACAGCUACCUAUAGGCUUACCAAGUUCCUGGGCCUCUUUCAGCAAGAAAUUGCACUUUUCUUGAUAGGUAUAAAUUAUGUAUAAAUCUACACAACUGUCCUUGUGUUGCUGCAUAUCAAAUCUAUAAAAACAGCAUUUAAAGUUUGUAGGAAAUAGAAUUUUGGCCUUUCACAAAGCAAAUACUUUGUUUCUUUAACUCAGAAUUCUGGAAAUGCAAUCAAGUUGUGCUGUUGUGACUGCCAAAAGAUUUUUGUCUUCAAAUAAAUUUUUUCAAGUGUCUGACUCUGUACAA